AUUAUGAGAAGAAACUGUACAUUGGUGACUGAGUUCAUUCUCCUGGGACUGGCCAAUCACCGGGAAUUACAGAUUUUCCUCUUCACGCUGUUUCUCACCAUUUACAUGGUCACGGUGGCAGGGAAUCUUGGCAUGAUUGCCCUCAUCCAGGCCAACGCCCGGCUCCACAUGCCCAUGUACUUUUUCCUGAGCCACUUAUCCUUCCUGGAUCUGUGCUUCUCUUCCAAUGUGACUCCAAAGAUGCUGGAGAUUUUCCUUUCAGAGAAGAAAAGCAUUUCCUAUCCUGCCUGUCUUGUGCAGUGUUACCUUUUUAUCGCCUUGGUCCACGUUGAGAUCUACAUCCUGGCUGUGAUGGCCUUUGACCGGUACAUGGCCAUCUGCAACACUCUGCUUUAUGGCAGCAAAAUGUCCAAGAGUGUGUGCUCCUUCCUCAUCACGGUGCCUUAUGUGUAUGGAGCACUCACUGGCCUGGUGGAGACUAUGUGGACCUACAACCUAUCCUUCUGUGGCCCCAAUGAAAUUAAUCACUUCUACUGUGCGGACCCACCACUGAUUAAGCUGGCUUGUUCUGACACCUACAACAAGGAGGUGUCAAUGUUUGUUGUGGCUGGUUUCAACUUCACUUAUCCUCUCCUUAUCAUCCUCAUUUCCUAUCUCUACAUAUUUCCUGCCACCCUAAGGAUCUGCUCUACAGAAGGCAGGCGCAAAGCUUUUUCUACCUGUGGCUCCCAUCUGACAGCCAUUACUAUUUUCUAUUCAGCUCUUUUGUUCAUGUAUCUCAGACCUCCAUCAGAAGAGUCCGUGGAGCAGGGGAAAAUGGUAGCUGUAUUUUAUACCACUGUAAUCCCCAUGUUGAAUCCCAUGAUCUACAGUCUGAGGAACAAAGAUGUGAAAGAGGCAUUAUGCAAAGAACUGUUCAAAAGAAAAUUGUUUUCUAAAUAA